AUGAAUGAUUGUAGCAGACUCUUGAACCACCCAAGCCGAAGAUCCCUUUGUUUGUGGUUCUUUGUUUCGUUCGUUCUUUCUUUUAUUCGUUCUUCGUCCCUUCCUUCCGUUCUUUCUUUCGUUCUUUCUUUCUUUCGUUCUUUCGUUCUUUCUUUCUUUCGUUCUUUCUUUCUUUCGUUCUUUCUUUCUUCCUUCCUUUCGUUCUUUCUUUCUUUCGUUCGUUCGUUUUUUCUUUCUUUCGUUUGUUCGAUCUUUCUUUUUUUCGUUCAUUCCUUCUUUCGUUCGUUCGUUCCUUCUUUCUUCCGUUCGUUCGUUCCUUCUUUCUUUCGUUCGUUCGUUCGUUCCUUAUUUCUUUCGUUCCUUCCUUCUUUCGUUCUUUCUUUCGUUCGUUCCUUCUUUCUUUCUUUCGUUCGUUCGUUCCUUCUUUCUUUCGUUCGUUCCUUCUUUCUCUCUUUCGUUCGUUCGUUCGUUCCUUCUUUCUUUCGUUCGUUCCUUCUUUCUUUCGUUCGUUCCUUCUUUCUUUCUUUCGUUCGUUCCUUCCUUCUUUCGUUCGUUCCUUCGUUCCUUCCUUCUUUCGUUCGUUCGUUCCUUCCUUCUUUCUUUCGUUCGUUCGUUCCUUCUUUCUUUCGUUCGUUCCUUCCUUCUUUCUUUCGUUCGUUCCUUCUUUCUUUCUUUCGUUCGUUCCUUCUUUCUUUCUUUCGUUCGUUCGUUCCUUCUUUCUUUCGUUCGUUCCUUCCUUCUUUCAUUCGUUCUUUCUUCCUUCCUUCCUUCCUUUCGUUCGUUCGUUCGUUCGUUCGUUCCUUAUUUCUUUCGUUCCUUCUUUCUUUCGUUCGUUCGUUCGUUCCUUAUUUCUUUCGUUCCUUCCUUCUUUCGUUCGUUCCUUCCUUCUUUCUUUCGUUCGUUCCUUUUUUCUUUCUUUCGUUCGUUCCUUUUUUCAUUCUUUCGUUCGUUCCUUCUUUCUUUCUUUUGUGCGUUCCUUCUUUCUUUCUUUCUUUCUUUCAAGAAACAAGCUAG